GCGCAAGCCAAUCAUUUAAACCAAACAAAAGCCCUCGGAAGUGUAGCGUGUGUUUUUUAUUCAGGAAAGAGAAACUGAAGAUUAAGUUUGAAAAUGUUACCAAACAAAGCGCUCACAGAAGAACGAUAUAAACCGCGCGAAUAUAAUCGGAUUUAUUAGCUUUGAUGGAUCGAUUCUUUAUUUGUCUGUAUAUGAGGAGACUGUGAUUUGUCUAUGUUGUACGGCUGCAAAUGAGAUUAUCAGGUUUAAACUAUCUUUCAUUUAUGGAGAAUUAAGUAGAUUUGUGUGUAUUGUCUACUAGCAUUGCUUGUGUUUACUUUCACACGUUGUAAGUGUUUCUGUUGGAGCCCGAUUGUUGCUCAUUAUCUCCUCCGAUAGAGAAAGGUGUUCAUCCAGAAUGACUUUGGCAGUGUUUUUUGGCUGUGCUUUCAUAGCGUUUGGUCCGUCUUUCGCCCUUUUUGUUUUCACUAUCGCCAAAGACCCAUUAAGAGUCAUCAUUCUGAUCGCAGGGGCGUUUUUUUGGCUGCUGUCUCUGCUGUUGUCUUCUCUGGUGUGGUUCAUCGCUAUCAAGGCCAGUAACUCCCAGGAUCUCAGUCUUCAGAGGGGGCUGUUGAUUUUUGGAGUUUUCUUUUCCGUCUUGCUGCAGGAAGUGUUUCGCUUUGCCUACUACAGACUGCUCAGGAAGGCCAAUGAGGGUCUGGCAGCCAUUAGUGAUGAUGACGGUUCAGCUAUUUCAGUCCGACAGAUGGCUUACGUGGCUGGACUGGGCUUUGGGAUCAUGAGUGGUGCGUUCUCAAUGAUCAACAUCCUUUCUGACUCCCUGGGUCCCGGGACGGUCGGCAUCUUCGGAGACUCACAGUAUUACUUCAUUACAGCAGCUCUGAUGACGCUUGCGCUGACGCUGCUGCACACGUUUUGGGGUGUGGUGUUCUUUGAGGGCUGUGAGAAGAGCCGCUGGUGGGUCAUCGCUGCAGUCGUCGGUCUCCACUUGUUAGUUGCUGGCCUGUCACUGCUGAAUCCACUGUAUGAAGGCAGUCUGCCUCCUGUGUACGUCAUUACGCUGCUGAUGGGCGUCUGGGCGUUCUUCUCAUCUGGAGGAUCACUACAAAGCCUCAAUGCACUCUGCACAUGCAGGAAAGCUGAAGAAGAAUCUUCCUAAGGUGGUUUUUGUCAUACCUAGUGAGAUCUAGGACAACAGAACAGCUGAGUCUGCUACUCGAAUGAAUGGCGGCGCUUUGUGAAAGAGCACAUUCACCAGCUCAAACCCUGAGGGGAUCCAGACACGUCCUCUCUAGCAUCAAUGAUCUCGACGGGGCAAACGGCCAAGAGACUGUCUCUGAAACACUGUAAAUAGCUUGAUCUGAAUGCAAAUCAAUAAGACAGAUCUUUAAUGUUAUUUUGUUUUAAAAGCAUCAUUCUCUGGCUCUUCUUGUAAAUGUUUGUGGUUUUGAGUUUCCUUUGUUGAUGUCCUGUACAUUCUGAAUGAAGCCUUACCAGAGGGCCGCUUUAAGGGGACGAGUGAUCAAAACAGAGCACCGGUUUCACCCUCUUUUACUCGUGUUAUCAUUAUUAUUCAUUAUUAUUAUUAUUAUUAUUAUUAUUAUUAUACGUAUAGAGUCCAGAGCAUUUUCAUUUACUGACAUUAUAUCCCUGAAGAGUUUUAUAUUUGCCCUGUACAUUAUGAAACACAUUAUUUGUGUUGUGGCAAACAAAUGCACAAGGAAAACAUUUCA